UAACCUGGACAUUGAUUGGCUGUACCUCAUCAUUCAUACUCACAAACACGGGGGAAAUAAAUGAUGUCUGCUGCGUCUAAAGAAAACUCUUUGCUAAAUCUUGGUAAAAACUUAAUAGGUAUAGAUAUUACAUCAUGUGUGUUUGAAAAGAAGAAUCAAUGUUUUACUUUUUGAUAAAUAACAUUUCUCUGUGAACCAACUGUUAACCAAUCACCAAUAGCUUUUCAAGAAGCCUAGGCUAAUAAACAUGGCGCCUCCCAUGGAAUGAUUGAACUGAGGGAUUAUUGUUGAGUUUUCACCCCUUAAGAUAGCUUUCUCGCCACUCAGAAUGUCAUUUCUCGUGGAUUCUUGUGUGAUGUUCUUUUCUCAGAUCAUCUUCUUUGCAGGAGGAUGGGUAUUUUUCUUAAAGCAGCUUUUUAGAGAUUAUGAGGUGCACCAUUUUGUUGUGUUGCUGUGUUUCUCAGUGACCUUUGCCUUGUCCUGUGCCAUGUUUGAACUGAUUAUAUUUGAAAUUUUGGGGGUCCUAGAUGCAAGCUCCAGAAAGUUUCACUGGUAUGUGGGUCUGUAUGCCAUGCUGCUGUUCCUGAUCAUUGUACUGCCAUAUUACAUUGCCUACUUUGUGGUCAGUAACGUCCAGUUUGUGUCCCAGAAAAAGCAUAUCAGGAUUGGCUUAACCACUAUCGCUUGGCUUAUUUAUCUGUACUUCUUCUGGAAGAUAGGAGACCCCUUCCCAAUACACAGUGUCAAGUAUGACUACAUCUCUAUAGAGCAGUAUAUAGGCAGAGUAGGGGUGAUAGGAGUGACAUUGAUGGCAGUGUUGUCUGGAUUUGGUGCUGUCAACUAUCCUUACACAUCCAUGUUUUAUUUUAUCAGACCAGUUAGUGAUGCAGACAUUCAGAUGGUAGAGAGGAGACUUAUGCAAACUAUUGACAUGAUCUUAAUGAAAAAGAAAAGAAUUGCUGUAGCGAAGAGGGAGGCCAUGCAGCGAACCAACACAGGGGAGAGCCGGAGUGGGAUUUGGGGACUAGUGAAAAGUUUCGCUUCUGCAGGCAGUGGAGAAAAUUUAGGUCAACUUCGCCAGGAGGCAGAUGCCUUGGAGGAGCUCAGUAGACAGCUGUUCCUGGAAACAGUGGAUUUACAUAACACUCAGGAAAGGAUGGAGUAUUCUAAGACUUUUAAGGGAAAAUAUUUUAAUUUCCUUGGAUAUUUUUUCUCAGUCUAUUGUUGUUGUAAAAUAUGCCUGGCCACAAUCAAUAUAGUAUUUGACAGAGUAGGGAAGACAGAUCCUGUGACUAGAGGAAUAGAAAUAGCUGUCAAAUACUUUGGAAUUCAGUUUGAUGUGAAAUUCUUCUCCCAGCACAUAUCUUUCUUUUUAGUUGGAAUCAUCGUGGUGACAUCUAUAAGGGGUUUGUUGAUAACUCUUACUAAGUUUUUCUAUGCCAUAGCCAGUAACAAAUCCUCUAAUGUGAUAGUGCUAGCCCUUGCUCAGAUUAUGGGAAUGUAUUUUGUAUCUUCUGUUUUACUGAUGAGGAUGAACAUGCCUUCUGAAUAUAGGUCUAUCAUCACAGAUGUUUUGGGAGAUCUGCAGUUUAAUUUCUACCACAGGUGGUUUGAUGUCAUCUUCUUGGUCAGCGCACUCUCCAGUAUUUGCUUCCUAUAUAUCGCUCACAAACAGGCGCCAGAAAAGAACAUCACAUAGCAGAACAAGAACAAUUAGAGCAAUUUCGCCAUAAUGAUGUUUUGCUCUUCAAAAUAAAAUGCAUCAAAUGUUUAUUUAUUUAUUAAAUAUUAUCUAUUGGUGGACAAGUUGUAUAUUUCAAAGCUUUGGUAAGGCGAUUGGUUUUAUGUUCUAAAUGAAAGUCA